AUGAGAUUCAUUACCAAUAUAUUAUUGACCAGCAUAUGCGUGGCAACGGGCGCGUUGGCGAGCUCCUACGAGCCCAAGUUCCGCAUUUCUCCGAUUGAUGGCUCGAAGAUUGCACUGCCAACAAAGGAGCAAUUGGCUUUCCAAGAUAGAGAAAUUGGAGUCCUCAUCCAUUAUGAGAUAGCAACCUAUCUCGACAUUGAUGGUUGCAACAAUGUCCCCGAUCUUGUUCCUGACAUAUCACUGUUCGACCCGACCUUCAUCAACACCGAUGGGUGGAUGGACUCAGCUGCUGCCCUAGGCGCAAAAUAUGCUACCCUUGUUGCUAAGCAUAACUGCGGAUUUGCGAUAUGGCCAAGUGAAGUGACUUUCCAAGACCGAGAAAACCAGACCGUCCCAUACAAUUACACGAUCGCCCAGUCACCGGUUCAUGGCCAGAAUAUCGUUCAGAGUUUUGUGGACUCGGCCAAAAAGUAUAACAUUGGGCCUGGGUUCUACUAUAGUGUUGUUGUCAAUAAUUAUCUGAAUGUGCAGGAUUCAGAUGUUCGUGCCGGCACUUGGGCUCCUGGUCAAGUUAAUAUCACGAACGGUACAUACGACCAAAUUGUCUAUGACCAAUUGACUGAAUUGUGGAAGGGCUAUGGAAGCUUAACUGAGAUUUGGUUUGAUGGAGGUUACAGCAGCUCACAGAAAGAUCAAAUUGAGAGCCUGCUACAGGAAACUCAGCCGCAAGCAGUUAUUUUCAAUGGAUGUGACACGGAUGGAACCUGCGUAUCGGCUAAUCCAAUUCGAUGGAUCGGAACGGAACUCGGGGAAGCCCCAGAGGAAAACUGUGGUCUGACGAAUGAUGGCGGAGAUCCUACGAGCCCGUAUUUCUGCCCAGCUGAAUGCGACACCACCUUGCAGACCGAUGACCGCUGGUUCUUUGGGGUUGAUCAACCAUUAAGAUCUAUUGAAGAAAUGAUCGACGUCUACCACAAAACCGUUGGCCGAAACUGUCUUCUCGAGUUAGAUCUCUCCCCCGAUCGAAGCGGAGGUAUCCCAAAGGAACAUGCAGCCCUUUACAAGGAACUAGGUGAUUUCAUCAGCUCAUGUUAUAGUAAGCCUAUUGUAGGCAAUGCAACACACUCUUCCGAUGAAAAGGGCGAGUAUAUGAUCAAGCUCGACAAACCCACCGAUAUUGACCGUAUUGUGUUGAUGGAGGAUCAAUCGAACGGCCAAGUGAUUCGUUCUUAUCAGGUAUAUGCAAAGAUCGCCGAUAGUCAGGACGUCAGUGAUAUCACGGAUACGCCGUUCAAACUUGUUUCAAAUGGAACAAGUAUAGGCCAUAAAAAGAUUGAUAUCUUUGAUAAUACCGUUUCGGUGACAGAGGUUUUAGUCAAGACCACAUAUGUGGAUACUCCGAAAUGGAGAUCUGUCUCGCUCCAUCUCUGUGAAUAA